AUGUUGAAUUUCUUUGGCGCAAUUGCUGCUCUUACCUUGAGUGUACUCGCCCUCAGUGCUGAAGCCCAUGGAGACCAUGAUCACGACCAAGAGCCAUUGAAUGGACCUCACGAGAAGCUGUGGUAUAACGUUCUACCAGGCGAUGGAGGAACACAGGCCGACUCCGUCUUCUCAGGCAUCUCGACUUUCGGUCGAAUCCAAUACCACCCUUGUCUCGCCUCCGAUUCCGUGAAGUACGAUAUUGCCUUUAUUGGCGCUCCGUUCGACACCGGCACUUCCUACAGACCAGGUGCUCGCUUCGGUCCAUCUGGUAUCCGGCAAGGUAGCCGUCGAUUGAAUCUAUACAGCGGCUACAACGUUCCAUUGGACGCGAACCCAUUCAACAGCUGGGCGAAAGUCAUCGAUUGUGGGGACAUUCCCGUGACUUCAUAUGACAACACCUGGGCAUUGCACCAGAUCGAAGAAGGCCACAACAGCAUUUUGAUGCGUGCACCAGCAACCUCUGCGAGCGAGCCUGGCAUCUCCAAGCACGGCAAGACUCUUCCUCGUGUGAUUACCCUCGGCGGUGACCACACCAUUACACUUCCAUUGCUGAGAAGCAUGAACAAAGCAUACGGUCCGAUCACCGUGAUCCACUUCGACUCUCAUCUAGACACAUGGAGACCCAAAGUCUUCGGAGGAUCUCCCAGCAAAGUCGCCAGCGUCAACCACGGAACCUACUUCUACCACGCCUCACAGGAAGGACUUCUCAGAAACGACACCAACAUCCACGCCGGGAUCCGCACGACGCUCAGUGGAACGUCGGACUACGAGAAUGACGGAUACUGCGGCUUCCACAUCGUCGAAGCGCGCGAGAUCGACACCAUCGGCACCGAGGGCAUCAUCAAGAAAAUUCAUGAAAGAGUCGGCCACAAGAACCCUGUGUACCUCUCGAUUGAUAUCGAUACGCUUGACCCGGCAUUCGCUCCGGCGACUGGAACUCCCGAGACAGGUGGAUGGUCAACUCGAGAGCUUAGGACGAUUAUUCGAGGUUUGAAGGGCAUCAAUCUCGUGGCUGCGGAUAUCGUCGAGGUGGCUCCUGCGUAUGAUACGAAUGCGGAGCUCACGACCAUGGCCGCAGCCGAUACGCUGUACGAGGUUAUGAGUCUCAUGGUCAUCAACGGACCGUUGAGGGUUGCGCAAAGUGUUGAGGGCAAGGAGGAUCUCUAG